AAAGGAGGACCUGGUCAUUCGGCGAUCAGAACGAUUAUUACCGCGAGAUCGUUACGAGUUACGUUUACUCGAUUACGAAAAUGUUCGCGAUUUUCGCGCUUUUUCUGUUUUCCACGGUCCUCGCUACUGACAGGAGCUUGAACAGGACGGACUUGAAAUGUGCGGGACACGCUUUCCACAACGUGUCUCUUUCCGCAUAUUAUCCCGUAUUCGGGACGGACGAUAAACGUAAUCACCUCGACGACCAAGGAAAAAUGCUGAGUACUCUUCAGGAUUACCUUGAUGGCCGCGCUCGUUACGUCACCGUUGCCGGUAAUUUGAGAUCUGGCAUUCCGUAUGGAACGAAAGUAUGCGUUGAAAAGUUGAAUGAGCAAUUCGGGAGACAAAUUCACCUGCAGAUACGGGACCAGAGUGAUUACGAGAACAAUGACGCCGCAAUCGAUUUCUCGAGAUUGGAAAUUUGUGUCAGGUCCGAGGAAGAUACUUACGAUACCUAUCUCAACGGCCUUGUCACCGUCCACGUAUAAUAAUCACAUAAAAAUUCCGUGCUCGAUUGUUAGCCGCCAAUAAUGUUUGUUUGACAAUACUGUCUGAAUAAAAUUAAUAUUAAUGUAAUUUUCUGAAUUAAAUUAAAUUAAUAAUAAGAUAUGUGCUGGUAUACGUGGAAUCAAAUUAAAUCAGAUUAAUGUACAUAAA